CAAUAAAUGGAGAGAUGACAAACCAAUCACUGUUGAUGAGGGGAGUGGAACCUCAACCCAGCACGUUAUUGUAAUAGAGUCUGCAGAGGCUGAAGGUCCUGGGGUCAAGCAGGAGAGGUCUGAAGGAGAGGAGAACCCACGGCACAGCAGAGACAUCCAGACUGGAGCGGAGGACCCCACCACCGCUGCCGCCGCGCCCAGGACCCAACGCAGCAUCACGGAGGAGGAGGAGGGUCCAGAGGUGCUGCUGGUGAAGGAGGAGGGGUGUGAGGAGGGUCUGGGGAACCCUGAAGGACCCAUGGUCAUGGAGGACAACCAGACUACACCUCCUCCUGAACCCACAGAGGAACCAGCUGAACAGCACAGGACCACACACAGUCUCACUGAGUCAGUAGACAUGGAAGAUGGGAAACCUGAUCUGCUGCUAGUCAAAGUGGAGACAAUAGAGGACGGACCAGAGAGCAUUGACCUGCUGAGUGGACUAAAGAUGGGGGAGCAAAGUGGUUGGCUAGAAGCUAACAGAGGAGACUGGGCGGCCAUCUUGGAUUCCCAGACCCAGACUGUUGCAGCCAAGGGCUGGGGGGACGACAUCACCGAGCAGGCCAGGACCAGAGGAGACAUAGUGGAGUCUGCAGUCCAUGAGGACCUGCUGAUAUCCGGUGUUGCUGGCGGGAGAGACUGGACCUCUGAGGUGGCUGGUCAUAAACCCUGGCCCCAGAUCAGGACCCUGGAUGAGAAGCUUUCGCUCUUCCUUCCCGAGUCAGAUCCAGGACCCAACCACGAGGGACAGAGACCCCACCACUACACAGAACACAACCAGUGGACAGGUAGACUGAACAGCCUCAGUCCUGGUGGUCAUCAGAGAGACAGAGGCUCCAGUCAGGGAACCAGUCUGCAGCCCAGACCCUUCUCUUCACAGUCUCAGUGCAGGGAUGAAGCAGGGCCUGGGGCUGAUAGAGAUAGACCCUCCUGUUCCUAUGAUACAAACACCACAGUAUCCAUGAUGAACAGAGCAGGUCACCCUGGGCUUCAGACUUCACAGAGAGUGGUGGGAGACCCCCCUGGUGGGAGUCUAACAGGAAGUCUGUCUUCUCUUUCUGGAUCUUGUCUAAUGCUUAGUGACUGGGUUCAUAGAAAGCCUGGAGCUGGGUCUAGCCUUCCUCAGCUACCUCAUGGUUACCCCACAAAUACAGACAGGGUCAGGAUGGGCGUUCACCACGAGAGGUACCUAGCCUAUAACACAGCACACAAUCUCAACAACACCCAAACAAUGGCUAGAGGUCAAGGAGGGAGCUCAAGUACUAACCACCUGAGGGUGGUGGCUCCUGCUUCUACCUCCUCUGGUGUCAUUGGGUCACAACGUGGGAGGCCGAGCAUUAGGACGGACGCCGACAAGCCAUACGCCUGCCCCACGUGUGGGAAGUGUUUCACUGAGGCGAACUAUGUGAAGAGGCACCAGACCGUUCACACCAAGGAGAGGCCCUUUAAGUGCAAACUAUGUUACAAGAGGUUCUCCUUCCUGAGUAGCCUUAUCAGACAUAGGAGUGUCCACAAUGGGGAGAAACCGUAGCAGUGUGGCUUGAGAUGUACACAGGGGAAAUCUGAGAACCAUUCUUUAGCUAAGCAAUUCUCAACUGGUGGGUUGCAGGGAGGUUUGGAAUGGGUCGCGGGUGUCUGAGUAAAAAAAUAAAAAAA